UAUCGUGUCGAAGAAGAAGUGGCGGUUGGAACGUUCGUUGGUGACGUGUUGAAGGAUAGCGGGCUGUUGCAAAAAUACGAGCAGAAGACUCUCGCCUUGUUAGAAUUCCUGGUCGUUCCCAGAGAAGUGCCUUACUUUAGUGUCGGAGAGACUGAUGGGGUUGUCCGGACGAAGAACCGGAUUGACAGGGAUGCGGGUGUACCUGGCUGCAGGGAGAAAUUAUUAUGCGAAAUAAAAAUUGACGUGGCCAUUAAGCCGACAAGAUAUUUUGAAAUUUUUCGAUUGGUAAUAGAAGUGAUCGACGUUAACGAUAAUUCGCCAUCUUUUAAACAGUCUAGUCAUUAUUUGUCUCUGGCAGAGUCAGUAGCGGUCGGUAGUCUGUAUCCGUUACCGACGGCUUCCGAUCCGGAUAGUCCAGUACACGGAGUUCAACGCUACGCCCUG